GAGGCGCGCGAGAGGGCGAAGGAUGUGGAGAUGCAGAGGCAGCAGUUCUUGGCCGCCUGGAUGCAGCAGAGGAGGCAGCAGGACGAGUGCAGGUCCGCGAACAUCGCGGCAGCGCGCUCCAAGCGGGUCGCCCAGAUGAAAGAAGCGGACGAGAAGUGGACCGUGCGCAUGGAGGAGGCCCGGAGGCGCGAGGCGGACAGGCAGAAGGAGCUGCAGGGGAGGCUGCAGAAGGCCGAGGCCGUUCGCCAGGAGGCGAACGAGCGCGCCUCCCAGGCGAUCGAGGCCAAGGCGGUGGCGCUCAGGGAGCGCCAGGCCCGCGAGGACCUGGUUCGGAAGCAGGCGCUGCGCAUCCAGCGCAUCCAGCACGCCGAGCGGGAGGCGCUGCGCUGGUUCGUGGAGAAGCCGGAGGCGCCUCGAGAGCCGCCCAG